UGCUCGUGUCGCUUCGUCCGACGUGUUUCCCGGAGUAUUUAUCGAGCGUACUCGCAAGUUGCUCCAAUCACGAAAAAUAGUCAUGAGUUUCGAAGAUAACGGAAUAACUCGUUUCGCACAUUUGUGACGCCGUGAUCGGAGGGUUAGUUAAAAAAACUGUUAUGCGUGAGCGAGUAGUGACGAGUUCUUAUCGAUUUCAUUACUUAUGCAUGUGUGCUCGAGAAAGAGUGCUCUUCGUACAUAUUGCGACGUGGUUUAUAAGACUGGUGCAUCCCCCCGUACGUCACUUUGACGUUUGCCAUUUGUGGUCGAUCGUAAUGCAGACCCUGUUAAUUAAAAUGUCAUGCUUGCGAGUGAAGGAGCUCUUUACAACGUACAUUCGUUUAGGGAUUUUCCCAUGUAAAUAUAGAAUGUGAAGUGCGCUCUUUCUCCACUUUCUUCCCCGACGAUCGAUGAUUUUCAACCCUUUGGUUUUAGCAGUGCUGCUUCUAUCUGUGAUUCCAUGGCCAGGACCCAGCGUUUUUAAAAUAUCAUGUCCCCGCGAUCGAGCAUCAGUAGUGAGGAGGAUAGUUCACAAGAGAUGGAUGCCAAUACUGAAGAAAUAUCAGGUAGAAUUACCAUUGGAAUGUCCGUUCCACGAAAGUCGAGAUAUAUUUCGACCGCAGCAAAAAGCGAAGCAUCAACACAGGCCGUCGCAAUGGACAUGUGGUCUCUGCGGCAAGUCUUUCUACGCCGAGAAACACUUAGACGCCCACUUCGAUAACAGACACAAAAGCAACGUUAAUAUGGCAGAAGACGCGGUAUGCCUGGCGGAUUACUGCGACAUUAUGCGUUGCGAUGUUCUGGGCAAUCGCGUCUUCGAGAACUCGGUGGACGACGAUGGCCAACUCAACACCGAUAUCCAGGUGUGGCGCGAAAAUACCGAGCAGCAGCAACGGAAGCAGCAGCAGCAGCAGCAGCAGCAGCAGCAGCAGCAGCAGCAGCAGCAGCAACAGCAGCAGCAGCAACAACGCAGCACUUCCGUCAUGCCGUGCGAAUCGUGCGGCCUCGCUAGGAUGUAUCCUGGGGGCAAAUCCUACGCGAUCGCCGACGGCGGCGCGGUGACGAAUCCGCAGCGUUACUGCCUCCACGACGACGGCGGCGGCGGCGGCGGCGACAUGCACAAUCACAGACUGGUGAGAUCGUCGUAUCACAACGAGAUCGCUGGACCGGAUAAUAAAAGCAGCGCUUGCGACAGCGAGGAGGAGGAGGACGACGAAGAGGACGAGAACGAGGAAAACCUGGUGGAGGCAGCGUUGCCCGCCGUGGGCAAGAAGCAGAGGCGACGAGGGUUGCGCCUGAGAAAGCUCAAGUCCAACUGUAAGCCGGAGGAGUUGCAGAAGCUGAAGACCCAGUGUGAAAUACUCGUGCGCGAUUGCAUCGCCGGGCUGCUCGCCAAUCUUUCCGUUCGGGAUUUCCAAGAGAUCGAAGGGGAGCUGAAUCGCGCGAUCUGCUGGUAUCUCAGCUGCGACAAAUACUGGGAGGAUACGAAGAGGCCGCAACGUCACACUCCUUGGUAUCUGCUGACCAUCUUUAUGCUGCUCCUCUUCUCAUCGAUCGCAUGUUACUACGUCAUUUGGGUCUGCUUCAACACCGCGGACGAAGAUGCAUUGGACGGCACAGGAAGCGUGGAUUACAACGGGAGCAUGGAUCGUUCGAGUACUUCCCCUUUGCACGAUCCGAAUAUUCAUAACGAGGGCAGAUUGGAAAGACGGAAGGGCGACCACGGGGAUGAAAACUUACCCCUGUCGAGCGAGGACAUGCCCGAUCACUACAUCUACGUCUCGUAUCCGCCCGAGCUGAAGCGGCGACUUCUGGAGAGUGAUUCUCCUCCUUACAGCUGCUACAACAGGACCACUCGUCUGUGAACCGACGAGUUGAGUUGGGCGGAGAGAGUGAUACACGUGAUAACAAGAUCUUAUCCCGGGCCCUGCACAAAAGAAGGCACUCGAGGCUGAACUCCUCACUUUCAUUUUUUUCUCGUUAUCCUCGUGUUUUGUAUACCGAAUGUGAAUAAAUUGCAUCGUGGACACAAA